CACGCACCUGCCGCGUUCUAUUACCAAACCAGUUUAACCGACGUCAUGACGACACCUCUUAGCGUGCGGCCCCACCCCACACGCCAGUGUGACAGCUCGCUCGCUCUCUGGCUCUCUGGAUUGUGUCUGCUGAUCUCCUCAGCGCAUCUCUGACACGGGGCGUACGAGGCAGACCUGCGCGGCUUGCUUGGCUAAAAAUAGAUCUUCUUCUUGCUCUUCUGUUUGUCGGUCGAGUGUUUCAAUUCUGUGUUUGUGGGGCGAUGACAAGCCCCUACUCCCCAAGCCCCCUUCUCCAGUGGUAAGGACCCCGUUCCGAGGAUGACAGACCGGAGGAGAGGUGUGUUGCGCCGGCUGAGCGCCGCGGUGUUGCCCGGAGCCGUGCUGUGCGCUUUCCUAAUGACAGUCCACGGCAGUUUACCUGUGGACAGCUGUCCCCGCAGUCUGGACUGCACCAUGCAGCGCCGGCAGUUCUGCAAGCCUGGCUCGAGGGAGUGCGGCCCCUGCAUCUCCCCGCUGGUUGAGGAUGAACACAAGAACUGCGUGGUGAUGAAGCGCAGCCUGCAUGCUGGAAAGAUGUCGACUGUUCCCAGUGUGGAUGAGGAGAUCGACUACCUGGCCUCCAUCAUUGCCAAACAGAGACACCAGCAGGUAGAACUCAAACAAGAAGACAACCCGUCUACUGUGAUUGGGAAUACGCUGGAAACCAGCAGGAAGGAGGAGAUCCCAGUCCAAAUGAACGCAGAUGUCCAGUCUGCCACUGGGGAGGCCAAGGCCAGCCAAAGCCCCACCACAACGGCAAACCCCCCCACCAAACCGACCGUGCGGCACGGGCCUGUGACAUCACCCUACCCUGGCAACGAUGCGCUGCUGCUCACCAUGAUAGUCGUGUGCACUGUGGUUGGAACAGCAGCUCUGAUAGUAGCUGGCGUGUGCUGCGUCAGGUUACAGAAGGAUAUGCGUUUAGCGCAGAAGGUGGACUAUCCUGCGUUCAGAGUGAUGGGCCCCACCACAUUCGAAGGCACGUCGCCCGGUGAUAAGAAGCUGGCACAAAGUGCUCAGAUGUACCAUUACCAGCAUCAGAAACAACAGAUGCUGUCCAUGGAGAAACACAAAGAAGAGCCCAAAGAGCCAGGCUCCGGUGCCACGUCAGACGAGGAGAAUGAAGACGGAGACUUCACUGUGUACGAGUGUCCUGGACUGGCCCCGACAGGAGAAAUGGAAGUGAAGAACCCCUUAUUUGACGAUUCCUCUCUCCGCCCCCAAAAGAACCACCAGUAACCCCGAAACCUGCCCCUCUUUCCAAAACCACCCCCUGAAACCCCCUCGCUUUGGACUGCACAAACAGAGGCAGGAUUUAAGAGAUGAACAGGCUUCUCUACUGAGACUGGAGUCCGAGGAGGGGAAGAAAGCAAAAGGAUUUGAAAUUGGCAGGACGGGGACCCCCAUAGCGCCCCCUAUGGAUUGUGCUUUGACACUGCUGGGAAUCAACCCCCCUCCCCACACACACGCACGCACGCACGCACACACACUAAACUGGAACCAGUGGGAGCGAUGGGCAGACAACUGGUGUUGUCGGACUUUUACUGGGUAGCAAAAGGGUUGAGGGUGGCAGACGGACCUCGAGGAAACGUGUGGGAUUAUGGCCAGAAUCCUUUGCCUUUUUUAGGUGUCUUUUUUAAGGUUUUAUCAGUCGUGCUGGUGGGCACAAUAUUGCAUUUGAAAUCAGAUUUGUUUAUUGCAGCUGGUGCAAUUACUUACUGGCUGGGGUUUGAAAAACGUGUGCUUUAUUUAAAGAUGGAUUUGUGUGUGCAUGUGUGUGUGCGUUCUCUCAGGACAGGGACUGUAUGGAAACACAAGAGAACACCCAAGCCUCUGCGAGACAUUGCUAGAGAGACACUUAGCAAGUAUCGCUCAAGCUUGAAAGAAUAAAUAAAAACAGCGAGAUUUAAAUAAAGUGCAGGUUCGAGGGCCCCAGCAUCGCCAUCACGUCAUUGUAAUAAAUCUAUUUCUAUAUCCCAAUAUCAGAGAAUAAGAGGCUCUCCUGUGGGCAAUCUGACACCCUCUUCCUCUAAACAAACAGUCUGCCUUCUUUUGCCAUUGGCUGAAUACCUCCUGCUUGCUGAUGGGACGGGGGAUGGGUUUUUGUUCUUGUGAUUUGAAUCCGUGUUUGCUUUAGUGCACAAUUAAUCCUUCUGAAGAUUUCUGCUGAGCGACACAUAUGCAUAGCGAUGCAUAUCAUUACUCACUCAGCAACAUGCUUACUCUCUUACACUCACACACUCACACUCACUGCAAUCGCAUUGCAGUACAAACAUGAGCUUCACUCCACAAACACUUUCAUAUCCAACCAUCUACAUGACAUAAAAAAACAUAUUGCAUAUUCAAACAAAUGUAUUUAAUGUAAAUACAUAAAUAAAUGUAUGUAUACAGACAGAGGCACGAGGAGAUUAGAUUUAUAUAGGAACAUAUAUUUAUAUGUAUAGGCACAAUGUUUAUCUAGACCGAGUCAUUUAAUCACACAUCUUGAUUGGAUAGUGGCACAUACUGUUUCUGCAAACUGGGAUUUUUAUAAAAACUGUAGAUUACUUUCUGAUAAUUGAUACCCCUUGCAAUUGCGUAGCAUUGGCAGGAAUAGCAUCUCGUGUGCUCAGCAGUUACCAGGCGUCCACUGAAUGUGAAAGUGUGCGGCAAGAGGGGGCAGACUGGCCAGUGGGUAGCACGGCCGAGGCAUCAGGUAGCCGCGUGGCUGACGUGAAACUUUAAGAGCUGCAUUAGAUACGGUGUUUGAACACUAUGUCAAAUGUUUUGCAAUUAUACGUGUUAUAUUUAAUUCUGUUUGUAAGCUCUCUCUCUUUCUCUGUCUCUGUUUGUUUUUCCCCACGUCUGCGAGACACUUCAUGAUUUAUGCAAAAGCAGACUGGGCCACUGUGCUUGCCCAAUUCGUAUUUCAGUAGCCAAGCAUCAGCGAAGCAUUUGCUGAAAACUGCAUGGCAGGGGGAGGGCUUGUAUUAACCACUGGCAGAGUAUCCGAAGUCUCAAGCGGGUCAGAGACGCCUCCGACAGUAUAAAAACAAACCCUUUGCAGAAGUGGGUUUCAUACUUUUGUUUGCUAACAGUAGUCUCUGUCUUGAAGAGGUUCAGCACCCUCACACAAGGGAGGGGAGGGGAGUCUUGUAUUUUAAAUGAAGCGCAAAGGAUUUCUUUGUCCUUCUUUUUAACUACUCUUAAGCACACUCCUGGCGUUGUGUGUUUAUCUGAAGGCUGCGGUAUUGAGGAGCAUCAAGCACGGGUACCACAGCCUACCUGUCUUUACAUCUCCACUGAGAACCGAGCCCCACACACAGGGGCUGUGUUCCUGGGAGCUGCAUACUGGUAAAAACCUGCAGCAUACAAAUGAAUGGGAUAUCUACUAAUACUCUUUUUAAUAAUAAUCAAAAAAAAAAAAAAAACGCUGCCAGUGAUCAAUACCUAACCCCUCCACCGUCUCUCCAUUGAGUCGAGUCUCAGUUUGACACAGCGCCAGGGUUACAGUUUCCCAGCAGAACCACAGGCAAUGCCCCUGGAAGAGUGCUGGUCCUGGGUGUGUCUUAUAUUAUACAGAGAGGCUGGCCCGCCCAUUGCUGCUGCUGCAUGGAGCCCUGCCCCCCGGUUCUGGAGUGAACGGGGAGGGGGAGGCUCAGGGCUGAGUCCGUGGGGGGGAGCAGGCAGCCCGGGCUCAGUGUAACCCAGUGAUGCUUUAAACUUUCCUCUGAAGCGGCACGCCUGUUUGGAGAUGUACAAAUCAUUUUCAGCUGGGACUGCCUGCAUGUAGACAUGAUUAUUAAAUAUUUGUAUUACACUGCA